AUGAGCACCAUGCACCUGCUGACAUUCGCCCUGCUUUUUUCCUGCUCCUUCGCCCGCGCCGCCUGCGACCCCAAGAUCGUCAACAUCGGCGCGGUGCUGAGCACGCGCAAGCACGAGCAGAUGUUCCGCGAGGCCGUGAACCAGGCCAAUAAGCGACACGGCUCUUGGAAGAUCCAGCUCAACGCCACCUCUGUCACCCACAAGCCCAACGCCAUACAGAUGGCCCUGUCAGUGUGUGAGGACCUCAUCUCCAGCCAGGUCUACGCCAUCCUAGUUAGUCACCCGCCAACCCCCAACGACCACUUCACCCCCACACCCGUCUCCUACACAGCUGGCUUCUACAGAAUCCCCGUCCUGGGACUGACGACCCGAAUGUCCAUCUACUCUGACAAGAGCAUCCACCUGAGCUUCCUGCGCACGGUGCCGCCCUACUCCCACCAGUCCAGCGUCUGGUUUGAGAUGAUGCGCGUCUACAACUGGAACCAUAUCAUCCUGUUAGUCAGCGAUGACCACGAGGGCCGGGCAGCGCAGAAGCGCCUGGAGACGUUGCUGGAGGAGCGUGAGUCCAAGAGUAAAAAAAGGAACUAUGAAAACCUCGACCAACUGUCCUAUGACAACAAGCGCGGACCCAAGGCCGAGAAGGUGCUGCAGUUUGACCCAGGAACCAAGAAUGUGACGGCUCUGCUGAUGGAGGCACGGGAACUGGAGGCCAGGGUCAUCAUCCUUUCUGCAAGCGAGGACGACGCUGCCACCGUGUACCGCGCAGCCGCGAUGCUGAACAUGACGGGCUCUGGGUACGUGUGGCUGGUGGGGGAGCGCGAGAUCUCGGGGAACGCCCUGCGUUACGCCCCAGACGGCAUCAUCGGACUGCAGCUCAUCAACGGUAAAAACGAGUCAGCGCACAUCAGCGACGCCGUGGGCGUGGUGGCGCAGGCAGUUCACGAGCUGCUGGAGAAGGAGAACAUCACCGACCCACCGCGGGGCUGCGUGGGCAACACCAACAUCUGGAAGACAGGACCGCUGUUCAAGAGGGUACUGAUGUCUUCCAAGUAUGCGGAUGGAGUGACUGGCCGUGUGGAAUUCAAUGAGGAUGGGGACCGGAAGUUUGCCAACUAUAGUAUCAUGAACCUGCAGAACCGAAAGCUGGUGCAAGUGGGCAUCUACAAUGGCACCCACGUCAUUCCAAACGACAGGAAGAUCAUCUGGCCAGGGGGAGAGACAGAGAAGCCUCGAGGAUACCAGAUGUCCACGAGAUUAAAGAUAGUGACAAUCCACCAAGAGCCCUUUGUGUACGUCAAGGCCACGCUGAGCGACGGGACAUGUAAAGAGGAGUUCACGGUCAACGGUGACCCCGUCAAGAAGGUGAUCUGCACAGGACCUAAUGAUACAUCGCCAGGCAGCCCACGCCACACGGUGCCUCAGUGCUGCUACGGCUUCUGCAUCGACCUGCUCAUCAAGUUGGCACGGACCAUGAACUUUACCUAUGAGGUGCACCUGGUGGCAGACGGCAAGUUUGGCACACAGGAGCGGGUGAACAACAGUAAUAAAAAGGAGUGGAAUGGGAUGAUGGGGGAGCUGCUCAGUGGCCAAGCGGACAUGAUUGUGGCACCACUGACCAUCAACAAUGAGCGUGCGCAGUACAUAGAGUUCUCCAAGCCCUUCAAGUACCAGGGCCUGACCAUUCUGGUCAAGAAGGAGAUCCCCCGGAGCACACUGGACUCAUUUAUGCAGCCCUUCCAGAGCACGUUGUGGUUGCUAGUGGGGCUGUCAGUGCACGUGGUGGCUGUGAUGUUGUACCUGCUGGACCGCUUCAGUCCAUUUGGCCGGUUCAAAGUGAACAGUGAGGAGGAGGAGGAGGAUGCACUGACCCUGUCCUCUGCCAUGUGGUUCUCCUGGGGUGUCCUGCUCAACUCUGGCAUUGGGGAAGGUGCCCCCCGAAGCUUCUCCGCACGGAUCCUAGGCAUGGUGUGGGCUGGUUUUGCCAUGAUCAUCGUAGCUUCCUAUACUGCCAACCUGGCAGCCUUUCUGGUGUUGGACCGGCCCGAGGAGCGUAUCACCGGCAUCAAUGACCCGAGGCUCAGAAACCCCUCAGACAAGUUCAUCUAUGCAACUGUAAAGCAGAGUUCUGUGGACAUCUACUUCCGGAGGCAGGUGGAGUUGAGCACCAUGUACCGGCACAUGGAAAAACACAACUAUGAGAGCGCAGCGGAGGCCAUCCAGGCCGUGCGGGACAACAAGCUCCAUGCCUUCAUCUGGGACUCAGCGGUGCUGGAGUUCGAGGCUUCACAGAAAUGUGACCUGGUGACCACCGGUGAGCUGUUCUUCCGCUCGGGCUUUGGAAUCGGCAUGCGCAAGGACAGCCCCUGGAAGCAGAAUGUUUCCCUGUCCAUACUCAAGUCCCACGAGAAUGGCUUCAUGGAAGAUCUGGAUAAGACAUGGGUUCGGUAUCAGGAGUGUGACUCCCGAAGCAAUGCUCCUGCGACUCUCACAUUUGAGAACAUGGCAGGGGUCUUCAUGCUGGUGGCUGGAGGCAUCGUGGCAGGGAUCUUCCUGAUUUUCAUCGAGAUCGCCUACAAGCGACACAAGGACGCCCGCAGGAAGCAGAUGCAGCUGGCCUUUGCAGCGGUGAACGUGUGGAGGAAGAACCUGCAGGAUAGAAAGAGUGGUAGAGCAGAGCCCGACCCUAAAAAGAAAGCCACAUUUAGGGCUAUCACCUCCACCCUGGCCUCCAGCUUCAAGAGACGUAGGUCCUCCAAAGACACGCAGUACCAUCCCACUGAUAUCACGGGCCCGCUCAACCUCUCAGAUCCCUCGGUCAGCACCGUGGUGUGAGGCCCCCGGAGGCGCCCACCUGCCCAGUUAGCCCGGCCAAGGACACUGAUGAGUCCUGCUGCUCGGGAAGGCCUGAGGGAAGCCCACCCGCCCCAGAGACUGCCCACCCUGGGCCUCCGGUCCGCCUGCCCUGCUGCCUGGCGGGCAGCCCCUGCAGGACCAAGGUGCGGACCAGAGCGGCUGAGGAUGGGCCAGAGCUGAGCCGGCUGGGCAGGGCCACAGGGCGCUCCGGCAGAGGCAGGGCCCUGGGGUCUCUGAGCAGUGGGGUGAGGGGCCUAAGUGGCCCCGGUCGGAGAGGUCUGGAGCAGAAAUGGCAGCCCCAUCCUUCCUCCAGCCACCACCCUAAGCUACAGUGGGGGCCCAUGGCCCCAGCUGCCUAGGUCACCCACCCACCCCUCCUCCAGCGCCUGCUCUCUGCAAUCUGAGUUCCACCUCUCUCCUGCUGCACCACCCUCCCACGACCCUUCCCCACCCCAUUCGCAGGGCUGGCCCUGACCUUUCCCAGAGUCAGCCCUCAUUGCCCUACUGGCAGCGCUUCCCAGGGGUGCUCUCUGGCUCCCAGCUGUCUACGGCUCCAGACUCCAAGAAGGCUGAGCCUUCUCUUCUGCCUGCAGCCACAAUAGGCUUCCUCAGACGCUGGCUCGCAACGAGCCCCGCACCUUGGGCACCAGGGAGCGCCAUCGGCCUCCCAUUCGGGUGUCACUCACCCACCACCUUGUACAUGACCAGCUCUCCCAGUGUCCAAGCGCGUGCCUUCCCCGUGCCGCUGGUGCGUAGCCGCGCACUGCCCCUCUGCCCCAGGGACACCGGGCGCGCACAGCUACCCCUAA